AUGUGCCUAGUAAAUGUGAAAACGAAAGAAAAACAAGAAUGGUUAACUGAAGAUAAGAAUCAACCAAAUAUUUUUCAAUUUCUACUGAUAAUCGGUGAACCGCCUCCUUUUCUUCCUUCUUUCCUUCUUUUGUUUUAUCUCCCCUCCUUCCAUUUAUUCCUUUUAUCUUCUUUUAAAGUUUUUUUCCCUCUCCUUUUUUCAAAAAAAUUACAAUUAUUUUUCUUCGUCUAUCUAUCUAUCUAUCUAUCUCGCUUGAUUCUCUUGUUCAUUUUCGAUUUCCCAAUUUCCCUUUUUUGUUCUAUUACCUUAUUAUUUCUCCUCUUUUCCAUCCACCCUCUUUCUCUUUUUCUACUGUCCUUUCUUUCCCAUCUCCUCACUCUUAUUCUUCCAUAUCUCUCUUAUUUCCCCCUCUCACUAAUGUUACUCUUUUCCCUCUUUCCCAACUCCUUUCUUUUUUAUUUAAUUCUUUCGCUUUUUUCCUCUCCUUCUUCUCUCUCUCUCUCUUUUAUCCUUCCUCUUUGUUUCACGCUUCCUUUCACUUCUCUUUUUUUUUUCUUCCUUUUACAUUCUAUUCUUAUUUAUUUCACUCUCUAUUUUGAAUUUUUCUACUUCUUUUCCCUCCCAAUCUUUCCAACUAUAUUUUUAUCCUUUUGUUCUUUACUACCUUCUGUUUUUCUUUGGAAUUUCUAG